AUGGCCGAUUCUGUCACGGCCGUGGACUACUUGGAGCAGCAGCUCUCGCUCGAGCGCCAGGCCCGCGAAAUCAUGCCCUACGAGCCCGACUGCUGCACUUAUCCCAGGCUUCUUCGCCAGUUGGUUUUCGCGUGCUUGACGUGCCGCCGCCACAACAACGGCGCCAACGUGGCCGUGUGCUACCUGUGUCUGAUCCAGUGCCACUCGACGCACGAGCUCGUGGAGCUUUUCUCGAAACGGAACGUGGCCUGUGACUGUGGAACAACCCGAAUGGGAAACGGCGCCGGCUGCCGGCUCCGGGCCAAUGCACCGGGAAACGACGAUUCUGGAAGUGGAAGCAGAGUGCCUCGUCUCCGAACGGGCUCGUCGUCUUUGUUGGAGCCCGUCCAUGUGUCUUCGUUGGACCUCCAGGCCGACGACAUUCCUGUUCUGGACAAUGUGUACAACCAGAACUACCGGGGCCGCUUCUGCCUGUGCCACGUGUUGUACGACCCGGAAAAGGAGACGGGAACAAUGCACCAGUGCUACUUGGGCAACGUGUGUGGGGAAGACUGGUUCCACCAGGAAUGUAUCAUGGGAGUGAAGAAGGAGGAGAAGAAAGAGGAGAACGGGGAGAACGAGGAGAACGAGGAGAAGGAAAUUGGGAACGAAAUCAAAGAAGACAACAAAAAGAACAUAAAGGUGGAGAACGAAAAGAACGCAGUGAAGACAGAAACCUCCGAUCUUGUGAAGACAGAAACGACCUCCGAUCUUGUGAAGGACCAAACUUCAAACAGAAUAUCUGUCGAUCCUACAGAAACAGAGUCGUCUGACGCCCCGUUCUUCCCCUCCCUUGACUCCUUCAGUGAGUUUGUCUGCUGGCAAUGUGUCCAGUCCCACAAAGAAGCCUUCAAACAACUCGCCCAACACGCAAAUAUCGUCGCCCACAAAUUGCCGCAUGUCCUGGUCGACAGUGCCCUCGAGUGGAAAAAACACUACGAUGCCUUUGUCAGCGACGAACCGCCGCUCAAAAAACGCCCGAACCAAGAGACUCCCUUUUCCGUCAUGUUAGCGCCCGACUUCAAAGAAGAAUUGACACAGCUCAAAAACAGCCUUGACGAUAAGAGUCCCUUGGCACGCCUCUUGCAAGAAUACCCGUUCUUGUAUGGAGAAGAUCCAACUUACGAGCCGGAAAACGACACAGACUCUGUUUCUUCUGGUGCUUCUCUCUUUGAAUUGGGCUCCAAUGCGCUUCUGAGUCUUCCGGCUCCUCAAGCGAUCGAGGGCUUACAUGCCUACGGGAAAAUGAAAGAGAAGCUCCGUGACUUCUUCAAGACUUUUGUGGAUCAAAAGAAAGUAGUCACAGAGGAAGAGGUGAGAGAGUUCUUUGGGAACAUGGAUAAGUAG